AUGAAGCCGCCGCGCUCGGGUCAUAUACUACAUGCUUGUACUUCACGAAAGCCGGCCGUCAGAGUAUGGAAUUUCCAGGUCUCCGCCAGGCCAUACCUGCCACGACGACAUCAGCACAACUCCUCCCAAACAAGUCGCUUACCUCGGCUCGCUCAGCCAUCCAUCUGGCAUUCGAUUGUUCCCCGAAGCCUCCGCAGUAGAUUCUCUGCAUCGGACUCGUCGAAGAAGAAAAAGCCCUCAAACCCGGCGAGCUAUUUCAUAUGGAUUUACCUUCUGAUAGGAUCUCAGGCUAUCCGCAUCAUGGGGCUCAAAAAUGACUUUGCCAACUUUACCCGCCAAGCGGACAUCAAAUUGGAGAAGCUGAGGGAGGUGGUUCAGAAACUGCAACGCGGAGAAGAGGUGGACGUGGAGAAAGUGCUGGGGACUGGGGAUGAAAUCCAAGAGCAGGAGUGGGAAGAAGCACUGCGAGAAUUGCAGGAAGAAGAUAGAAUAUGGCAGAACAACGCAAGGAAGCGCCGUGAAGAGAAGGAACGAAUACUCCGGGAGCAGGAAGAUGCUGAUCCCGUCAACACUUCUCUGGACAAGACGCAAGGCACAGCAGCCUCCACGCCAGAAUCGUAUACGUCCGGGAGCCCAGGAUUCUAUUGA